AUGCGUCUCGCUACACCCCUGGUGCUCAUUGCACUCGUUGCUGCCGCGGGUGGGGUUUCUGACAUCACCGACGAAGUAGUCAACCGCGAUGUGGUUGUAGUAGGGGGUGGCGCCUCAGGAGCACACGCAGCGGUCAAGCUGCGCGACAUGGGAAAGACUAUCAUGCUGGUCGAGAAGAGAGAUAGACUUGGCGGGCUCACCGAGACCUGCCUUGUCUCUGUAUUCCCUCUCGUGACAACUACCAAGUACGUGGACUUUACAACUGGCCGGGCCCUGGACAACUACACCGCCCCCACAAGUGCCGAAGCGCUUGCUGCUCUCAAAACGUAUCAUGGACUGUGCAAGCGAUACGAGCAACUGCUGUUGCCGGGCUACUUUGAUUUCCCGCUGCCGGGUGAAAUUCCCGAGGACUUUACUCUUUUGUUCAGAGACUUCGUGGCCAGGUACAACAUCUCGGCCGCCGUACCGCGACUCUUUCAGCUGACUGGCGUGGGUCUUGGCGACAUGAUGAAUAUUCCCACAAUGUACGUGAUGCAGGGCAAAGGAGCACCCUUGACGGGCGUAUUAUUUGGAGAGACCAGCAACGUGGUCCCGGUGUCAGGGGACAAUCACGAGCUGUACCGGAAGAUCGGCGAUCUGCUCGGCCAAGAUGUUCUUUAUUCCAGUACCGUGAUGUCAUCUGUACGUGGCGCCGAUGACACGGGUGUCACAGUCGUCGUGGAGGCCGCAAACGGCAACAGGAAGCGGAUUAGAGCCCAGCGGCUUCUGAUCGCUAUCGAGCCUAGUACUGACAACAUGGCCCCCUUUGAUUUGGACGCGAGCGAGUCGGCCGUCUUCUCCAAGUUCCGACCCUCGAACGUCUACGUCGGCGCGGUGAGAAACCCGUCCCUGGUUGUGAAUCAGUCCUUGACCAACAUGCCGGCCGCCGCCGAGCCAUCAAACUGGACGGCACUUCCCCUUCCACCAUUCAACUCGCGGUUCGACUACUUCGGCUAG